AUGCCUCUUCCUGCUGCCUUAUUAGCUCGCUUAGCAAAGCGAGGAAUACUAGAAGAUAAGACAGAAACAAAAACCACUUCUAAAACAGAGGAAGUUGAGGAAGUGUUUGCGGAGGACUAUGAUGACCCAUCCAAGCCAGAAGCUGCUCCUCCAACUCAGCCACAACCUGUUAUUCUUCCACAACAGCCUAUAAUUCCACAUCUUUCUCAGGAUGUGAUUGAUGUGGUUGGAGAUGAGCCUGUUUUCUUUAAGACAACAGCGUGCCCAAACAGGAGUAAUCCCUAUCAUGAAUGUUCGGCCUACUGCAAGAAACGAUAUGGCAUGCGAGAUUGGGACCCAGAUGAUGAUAUGAUGAAAAGGCGGGACAGAAUGUUACGGAAAUAUCCUCUCCCCGAAGGAUGGGUUGAGGUUGGAGAUUUUGACACAGGCCGUUACUAUUACUGGAACGUUCAUACAGACGAAGUGUCAUGGCUGUCACCAUCACAUCCAAGAGCUCAGGUGUCCCGCUCUGCUGAAGUUUUAGGCAUUGUUGGUAAAAUAGGAAACCUAGAUAGUGAUGGGGAAGAGAAAAUGGAAACCAUGGAGACGGUCGCCAGCAGUGAGGAGGCAAGCAAUAGUGGCAGUGACACCUCCCUGUCAGACGAAGAAGAGGAAGAGUUUGUUGAAAGAAAACCAAAGAGAGGCAGAGGAAGACCAGGCUAUGUCAAGAAAGAUGCCCUUGAUCCAAUGGACCCAGCAGCAUACUCGGACAUACCUAGGGGAGGAUGGAGUGAGGGGCUGGAUCAGAGAGGAAAGGCUAAAACUGGUGUGGACACAACAGCAUCAGGGCCUUUAUUUCAGCAACGGCCAUAUCCCAGCCCUGGCGAAAUCCUUCGUGCCAACCAGGGCCUGAAGAAAAAGAAAUAA